AAUGGAACAACAUUUUACUCUAAAUGAAGACCUAAAGCAGAUGUUGGAAAGCAGUAAAGAUUCUUCUAAGCUGGAUGCUAUGAAAAGGAUUGUUGGGAUGAUAGCAAAAGGGAAAAAUGCGUCUGAGCUGUUUCCUGCUGUUGUGAAGAAUGUUGCCAGUAAAAAUAUCGAGAUUAAAAAGCUUGUUUAUGUUUAUCUGAUGCGUUAUGCAGAAGAGCAGCAAGAUUUAGCUUUGUUGUCCAUCAGUACUUUUCAGCGUGCUUUAAAGGAUCCUAAUCAGUUAAUACGUGCAAGUGCUUUAAGAGUUUUAUCCAGUAUCCGUGUGCCAAUUAUUGUUCCUAUUAUGAUGCUUGCUAUUAAAGAGGCUUCAUCGGAUUUAUCUCCCUAUGUGAGGAAAAAUGCAGCCCAUGCAAUCCAAAAACUAUACAGUCUUGAUCCAGAGCAAAAGGACAUGUUAAUUGAAGUGAUAGAAAAGCUUUUGAAGGAUAGAAGUACGCUGGUAGCUGGGAGUGUUGUGAUGGCAUUUGAGGAAGUGUGUCCAGAUAGAAUAGACUUGAUCCACAAGAACUACCGAAAGCUGUGUACCUUGUUGGUUGAUGUGGAGGAAUGGGGUCAAGUUGUUAUUAUCCACAUGCUAACUCGAUAUGCGCGUACACAGUUUGUGAGCCCAUGGAAGAAGGAGGAUGAGGAUGUUGUGGAAGAAUAUAGUGAAAAUAAUUUCUAUGAGUCUGAUGAUGAACAGAAAGAAAAAGAUCGAAAAGUAAAAAAACCCUAUGUUAUGGACCCUGACCACCGGCUCCUGUUACGAAAUACAAAGCCCUUGCUUCAAAGUCGAAAUGCUGCUGUGGUGAUGGCAGUUGCACAGCUUUAUUGGCAUUUAGCACCAAAAUCUGAAGCUGGCAUUGUUUCUAAAUCAUUGGUGCGUUUACUCCGUAGCAAUAGGGAAGUACAGUACAUUGUUCUGCAAAAUAUUGCUACUAUGUCAAUUCAGAGAAAGGGAAUGUUUGAACCUUAUUUGAAGAGUUUCUAUGUUAGAUCUACUGAUCCAACAAUGAUCAAAACAUUGAAGCUUGAAAUUCUGACAAAUCUAGCAAAUGAAGCCAACAUAUCAACUCUACUACGAGAAUUUCAGACUUAUGUGAAAAGCCAAGAUAAGCAAUUUGCAGCAGCUACAAUUCAGGCUAUUGGCAGAUGUGCAACAAACAUCACCGAAGUGACUGAUACGUGUCUUAAUGGCCUAGUUUGCCUGCUGUCCAACAGGGAUGAAAUUGUAGUUGCUGAAGGUGUUGUCGUCAUUAAGAAACUGUUGCAAACCCAGCCAGCGCACCAUGGUGAAAUUAUUAAGCAUAUGGCCAAGCUCUUGGAUAACAUAACAGUGCCAGUGGCAAGGGCAAGCAUUCUCUGGCUCAUUGGGGAGUACUGUGAACGAGUUCCAAAGAUUGCACCUGAUGUUUUGAGAAAGACAGCCAAGAGCUUCACUAAUGAAGAUGACCUUGUGAAGUUGCAGGUCUUAAAUUUAGGAGCAAAACUCUACCUAACAAACUCAAAGCAGACAAAAUUGCUUACCCAGUACGUAUUAAAUCUCGGCAAGUAUGAUCAAAGCUACGACAUCAGAGACCGUACAAGAUUUAUUAGGCAGCUUAUUGUUCCGAAUGAGAAGAGUGGAGCUUUAAGCAAAUAUGCCAAAAAAAUAUUUCUGGCACAGAAACCUGCCCCAUUGCUUGAGUCUCCUUUUAAAGCCAGGGACCAUUUCCAGCUGGGCACCUUGUCGCACACGCUGAACAGCAGAGCCGCCGGCUACCUGGAGCUGUCCGACUGGCCGGAGGUGGCGCCCGACCCGGCCCUGCGCAACGUGGAGGCCGCCGAGGCGACAAAAGAAUGGACCUUACUUCUGGGCAAGACAAAGAAAGAGAAACCUGCUGAAGAAUUUUACUCUGAAUCAGAAGAGGAGGAAGAUGAAUCUGCCAGCACCAGUUCAACAGAGAACGAGUCUGGCAGUGAAAGUGAGAAGGAAGAUGAGGAGGAAGGCAGCAGCGAUAAGAGUAGUGGGAGUUCCUCUUCCGGUGAAGAAUCAAGCAACAGUGAAUCAGACAGCAAAGAAGGUACAGGAAAGAAACCAUCUAAAACUGCUGAGAAAAGUGAUUCAGAAGACAAUAAAAAGAAAGCAAAGGGGAUCGCCAAGAAAAGAAAUGCAUCCAGUUCCUCAGAUUCAGCGUCCAGUUCAUCAGAAGAAAGUUCUUCAGAUUGCACAUCUGAAUCAGACCUUAAAAGUGACUCCUUGUCUGGAAAACCUGGAAGAGCUGCUUCUAGUAAGAAAGAAGACAAACCCAUACAAGACAGAAAAACUCCAAAUAAAAAAGAUGUUUUUCUCCUAGACUUAGAUGACUUUUGUCCUGUGACAUCCCCUGCAGCCGUUCCUGCAACAGCUGUUUUGUCCCCAGGUUUAGUAGCAGACCUAGAGGGAUUAAGUCUGUCAGGUUCAUCGGUCAUUGAUGUCACUACUCAAGUCUUUGUGCCAACAAAAACAUAUGAACUGCUUCAUCGAAUGAGUGGAAAAGGAUUAGCAGCUCAUUAUCACUUCUCCAGACAGCCAUGCAUUUUUGGUGACCGCCUGGUAUCUGUGCAAGUAACAGUAACCAACACAACGGAUCAGAAGAUAGAGAACAUUCACAUAGGGGAGACGAAGCUCCCUGCCGGCAUGAGGAUGCAUGGCUUUAAUCCAAUAGAAUCUCUUGAGCCUGAGGGAUCUAUUACUGUCUCAAUGGGUAUCGACUUCUGUGAUUCUACUCAGACUGCCACUUUCCAGUUAUGCACAAAGGAGGAUCGUUUCAACGUUAGCAUCCAGCCCCCUGUCGGAGAACUGCUUCUACCUGUCACUAUGUCAGAGAAGGACUUUAAGAAGGAACAAGGGAUUCUCACAGGAAUGAAUGAAGCAUCUGCUACAAUAGCUGUUGCUCCACAGAACUCCACCAGUCUUGUAAUAAUGGAGAGAGUAGUGAAGGCAGCAAACCUGGGGGUAGUCCCUUCUGGUCAAGAUAACAUGCACAG